GCCUCAACUUUCGAAGAAUUAAUUCUGUAAUGAGUGUGUGUGUGUGUGUGUGUGUGUGUGUUUGUGUGUGUGUGUGUGUGUGCGUGUGCGCGUCUCUAGUCCCUUCUUCCUCAAAUUAUAUAGUACUUGCCCACCUUGCUUCCUAAGUUACCCAAAACCUCCUCUUCCUUCCCUUCCAUCUUUCCAAAGGGUAAGGCCCCAGAAAAACAGCAGCUCUUUUCUGCUUUCCCUCACUUCUCAUCAAUCAGCCAUGGGAGGAGGCAAUGGGCAGAAAGCCAAGAUGGCCCGUGAGAAGCACAUGGAGAAGGCUAAAGCUGCUAAGGGCAGUCAGCUUGAGUCUAACAAGAAGGCCAUGAACAUCCAGUGCAAGGUGUGCAUGCAGACAUUCAUGUGUACCACAUCAGAGGUGAAAUGUCGGGAACAUGCUGAAGCAAAACACCCUAAGGCCGAUCUCUCUACGUGCUUCCCACAUCUUAAAAAGUGAUCCGUUGAACUGCAGAAUUGCAGACUAGUAAUGGCGGUAGAAUGUAGCUUUAAUGUAUCUUGCUACUCUCUUACGAACAUCUUAGUUGAUGCAUAUUUAGAGAACCAUGUAAGCCAAAAAAAAGAUGUUCAGUAAAUAUUGUGAAUGUAAUCAAGUGCUGUUUCUUAAGUUUAGUUUCUUUCUGUUACAUUGCUAGGUAUUGAACCCAUUUGGAAUGUGAAUUUCAAAAAAUCUUGCACAGCAUGCUCUAA